CACAAAAAUGUCAACAAGCGGUCUGGAGGACCCGCUUUCCUCGCAUCUUCUCGGUUCCGGCGGGAACAAAAAGUCCCCCACGUCCCUUUCCGGGAAGAUUCUUAUCGGAAUUACAGGCGGCAUCGCGGUUGGACUUUCGAUCGUCUGCUAUCCCUUUGUGGCACCUGCACUCCGGAAACACUGUCUCCCGUACGUACCGGCCACACCGAACCAGAUCCGGAAUGUACUUUCAUACGUGCGACCUUUACCAACCGGUAGCCGACUACUCGAUAUCGGGUCCGGCGAUGGGCGGAUCGUUAUUGCGGCAGCCCGUGCGCAACCAUCUAUCCGUGCCGAUGGUGUGGAGUUGAAUCCUUGGCUGGUAUACUAUUCUCGGCUGGCAGCACUACGCAACGGUGUACUCGGCAGGACACGCUUCUUCCGGCACGAUCUGUGGAAGUUUAGCCUCGCACCGUACGAUCACAUCGUAAUCUUUGGUGUGGAGCAAAUGAUGGAGGAUCUGGAGAAGAAAAUUGUACGCGAAGUAACACCGGGCACGACGAUCGUUGCGUGCCGGUUCCCGUUUCCCACCAUGCCGGUUCAGGAGCGGAUAGAAGAGGGCGUCGAUUCCGUGUGGGUUUAUCGACCGAAAGGAAAGCGAGAGGAGAGCAUUUGAUAGGCCAUUAAAGUUCUUUAGUGAUUUGAAAUGUA